AUCUACUUUCACAUCGAGCAUUCGAGCUUCGAACCUAAUUAUCACAGAAGACAGAACAGAUUUCAUCUGUAUUCUAAUUCUAUUCUAUGUCUUAUGGUAUUAUAUAGAUUAGGUAUAUUCUCAGAUGUGAAUGAUAAAUUAUGUGUUUCUUAUAAAGUGUUACCGUGUUACUUAAUACCUACUUUGGGUACAAUAAAUACGUAAUAAUAAUAAACAAUUCUUCUUCAAGUAAUAUUAUUUAUGAUAAAUAAAUAAUAAUAGUUUGUUAUUAUAAUCAAACUCUUUAUCGCAAAUUUGUUCUAAUCAUAUUAUUUGGUACUUCAGUGUCGUGAACGCGUGAAUACUAAAUAAUACAAUAAUAAUUAUCAACUAUUACACAUUUACACUAGUUUGUGUACCAAAUCGUUUUUUAAAAAUGAGAAGAAAACCAAAUAUUCUAAUUACUGGUACACCCGGUGUAGGAAAAUCAAAACUGUGUGAAGAAUUAAUUCGAAGUGGAUUAGAUAUGGAAUGGAUUGAAGUUGGUCAAGUAGCUAAGCAGUGUAAUUGUUAUUCUGGAUAUGAUGAAGAAUUGGAAUGCCAUAUACUUAAUGAAGACAAAGUAUUGGACGAGUUAGAAUCGAGAAUGGAAGAAGGAGGUAAAAUAAUUGAUUACCAUGGUUGUGAUUUCUUUCCUGAAAGAUGGUUUGAUGUAGUAUUUGUAUUGAGAACUAAUAAUACAUUAUUGUAUGAUCGUCUUGAAAAAAGAGGAUAUUCAACUAAAAAGCUUCAAAACAAUGUAGAAUGUGAAAUAUUCCAAACUUUACUUGAAGAAGCUAUGGAAUCAUAUGACAACAACAUUGUAAACGAGUUACGCAAUGAAACCUAUGCAGAUAUGGAACGCAAUAUUACUCAAAUAGGUGCUUGGGUAAACCAAUGGAUUAAAGACAAUGUUAACAAAUAGAAUUAAAUAUAUUUAUAUACUUGUGCAUCCCAAAAAAUACAUCUUUUUUUUAUUUAACAUACCUAUUAUAAAACAUUAACUGUUAUUUGAUGAAUAAUUUAAUUUUGAUAUUUUCUUUUAAUUCUUGUUAUUACGUUAAUGUUAAAGUUGGAAAAAAAUCAAUUAACAAACUUUUUAAUAUUAUAUUAGUAACUAAAAUAUUGUGUUAGUUAAAAUUUAAAAUAAAAUAAUAUAAAUUGUUUUUAUCACAUAGACAUAUUAUUCCGGAGCCGAUGGGUAAAGGGAAUAACUAUACUUUAUAGUUUUUAUACAUUAACUUAAUAUAUAAUAUACCUAUUGUGUUUGUAUAGUAAUAUGCUAUCGAUAUAAUUUAAUAGAGAUUACUGACAAUCAAAAUUAACUACAAAAUAAAAUUUUCAAAAUAAUUUGACAUGUUUUUGCUGUUUAUAGUAAUUUAAAAUUUGACAUUUGUUUAGUUUUUUUCGCUGGGUAAAAAGUUUGAAAGUUUAAACCGAGUUUCCUGAUAUAUUGUUAGUUGUUACAACAGUAGUUGAAAAAUAUUAAAAA